AAAACGCGAGACAAACUCGUCCCCGCUAUUUAAACACCGUCACCACCGGUGGUCUCCAUUUACCUUAGAUAUCAUCAUCCCUUCCCUUCCAGCGCUCCCCCGUCUAGCCAUGGCCGCCUCCGCUGCUGCCCUCCUCCUCGCCGUCCUCUCCCUCCUCUCCGCCGCCGCCACUGCGAGGCCCGGCGUCCACUUCCACCCCUGCAACACCCUCCUUAUCUCUUACUCCUUUUCCUCGUCCUCUGCGUCCUCCUCCGGCGACUCCCUCGUCGGCGAUCCCGCCAAGACCCACCCCACCGGCUUCUUCGCCGUCUACCGCAUCAUCACCCCCUUCCGUCCCCUCCACACCACCUCCUCCUUCGGCGAUCUCUACAUCCGCCCUGCCCAGAUCCGCCGCCCCGGGCUCCCCCGCCGGGCCGCCGUCGUCCCCGCGGAGCCCGUCGCCACCGCCUUCGGUUUCAGCUCUCUCCAGGAGCGCGCCAAGGACAUCCUUGUGGUCGUCGUCGGCCUCCUCUUCGGGGUCGGUUGCGGCGCCCUCACCGCUGCCACCAUGUACCUCAUCUGGUCCCUCGUCACCAACCGCUACGAGAUCUGCGGCGCCGAUGUGUACUCCGAGGAGGAGGACGAGGUCGAUGAGGGCCCCAAGAAGGGCGGGUAUGUCAAGAUCCCUGCCACCGAGCAGGCCCCGGCUAAAGAAGGGUAUGAGGGAAAUUAAGAUUAGGGUUUCCAUGAAUAGUGACGGGGGUGCUUAUAUAUAUGAUACAUAAAUUUGCAUAGUCUCGUGGUUUGUGUUAACUUAUGUGAUGUCAAGUGGCUCUCCUCUUUGAGGUUUGACUUGAAAUGUUGCAUUCUUAAUGCGUAUGACAUGGAGCUUAGUGUUUAAUUCGUUGUGAUUGUGAUUUGCGGGACACUUUUAUUCCUUGGAUAUUGAUAGGUUUAGGAUUGUGGAA